CUUGAUUGAACUCGUGUCUACAACUGCAUUUGCUCGAGGAACGUGUUCCCGAUGCUCUAUGAGGACAUCAUCGAGGUCGAUCUCUCUGUUCCUCUUACUCAAGCUUUGGGAGAAACUGACAUCCAGCAUGAAUCAAAUGCAUCAACGUCCAACCACAAUUAAAGUGAUUACAUGUAUGUGAUAUGGUGAUAUUUAUAUCGCGUACUAGUCAACAUCUCGUCAGCACCAGUCGCGCAGACCCCCAGAAGACGUGACAAUAAGACUUCGACGCCAUCUUAUCAUAUCAACAAAGGAAGGGCAAACAUCUGGCUGCUUGUUACUCACCGAAACUUCUCUUUGUUCUCCUCACAACAGAAAAAUUGUUAGUGAUCACGACGCGACUAUGUCUGGCACAAUGACCACGAGCAGCGGAGGUGCCCUUCAGAGAUCCAGCUUCAACGGCGUGCCGGGCGCGGUGCAAGGCACAGUCAGCAAUGUAUUGAACUUCAGCACCAGCUUCAUCGACCGGUCCUUCCCACAGCAAAGACGCGAGGAAUGGAAGCAAUGGUUAACCAAAUUUGCCUCGGAUCGACCAUACCUCGCAUCGUUCAUGCUCUCGCAAAUAGCCCUCAAUGGCCUGCCACUCAUCCUGUUCGCCUGCAUGAGUAUCAGCGUCUUCGUCUUCUCCCUGCUAUCAGGUAUCCUGGUCGGCGUGAUCGGUGCGCUUCUGUUUGUGGCUGGGACGCUGGGCUUUGCUCUGCUGUUUCUUUUGCCCACAUUGUUUUUCUCGACGUCUGCAGCCGUUUUCAUCUGGCUGUGGGCAAUGGGCGGUUAUGUGGUCUUCAAAUGGUUCAGCCAGAAGGAUGGCUCUGGGGCUCCUGCCAAACCUGCUGCUCUCGUCGGACCUCCUCCACAGCAGGCGGAGAGGUUACCGGCAACCUUGACAGCUGUACAGCCGAGACCGUCACAGCUACAACAGGCAUCACCACCACAGCAGCACCAACAACCUCCGCAAUCGAACCAAACUCCCAGUUCGCAAGCUCCAGUCCAGUCGUCUCAGUCCAUCAAACGGAAACCUGUAAGCAGACCUACAUCGCCGGAGAGGGGCAGGACCACAGACGCAAGCCAGGCGACUGCCGCUGGCAAUGGUGCGGCAGCCCAACCCGGCACAAGCACAAUCGUACGGAAACCUGUUAGCAGGCCUACAACGCCUGGUCCGGAGAAUAGAACUCCUGCGCCAAACGGGACUGCGAAUACGAACGCGCCGGCUCCUGGGAGCGCGGGUAAUGCGUCAGCUCCGACUGGCAAUACCAAUGGUGCUCCUCGACCAGCAGGUGCACCCGCUUCCAGCGCACCAAAUGGUGCUUCCGCCCCUGGAAACACGGGACCGCCACGUCCUGUGAGCACUGGUCCAGCUGGGCCUGGUACAGGAAAUAUCGGCGGGAAUGCGAACGGUGCACCUCUACCGCGUCAAAUGAGUGGCCCAGGGAACAUGAGCACUGGACCACGUCCUAUGAAUGGUUCAGGCGGUCCAGGUGUCGCACCUCGUCCCAUGAGCGCUCAGGGUGCGCCUGCCCCUGGAUCCCUGGGUACUGGACCACGUCCGAUGAGCGGUUCGGGUGGUCCUGGUCCUCGCCCUAUGAGCACGACCGGUCCUGGCAGUAUUAUGAGCAAUGCUGCGCUUGCUGGGAACGCUGGUGGUGCAUGA